ACAUAUAGAUUUUCUAAAAAUUUCACUAAGUUUUUAUUCCUUUCUACAUACAAAGUUGCAGUAAAAACAAAAAAAAACAAAAAAUGAUUUCACUAGUUCAAACUUUCAGAAAAACUGCAGUCAAAUUAGCAAACACUUUGAAGUAAUUUAUAGCUUAGAUUAAUAGCUAAUUAAGGACAUGAGUAUAAUGCCAAAAAAUAGAACUCUUAUUGGUUGUUGUUGGAUGUAACAAAUCAGAGCAGGUGAAGAGGGGAUAGAUAAUACACAAGAUUACAAAUUAAUCUUUGCUCAUUGUAUGUCCUCAGCAAAAACCUAAUUUCUCUGUCUUUAUAUGAAUACUACACUUAUGCUUUACAAUUUUCUUAUAUUCUUCACUAUAAUCAACUAUUCAAAGUCUUAACCACUUCUUGAAUUUAUUCACUGUGGACAUCCAUAUAAAUUGUGGACAGACCCUUUUGUGUAACAUCCACAGAUAAAAAAAUGGAGGAAGCAAAGCAAAUUGAAGUUGGGGAAACUUCCUCAUCUACACCAUCUAGAAAAGUUAUAACUCUGGAGCCAAAGCUGGUUAUAAAGAAAGGAAUAUCGACUCUUGGAUUUGUUUUUCGGUUAUUUGCUGUUUUCGGAACUAUAGGAAGCGCACUCGCCAUGGGAACAACACAAGAAUCAGUUGUCUCUUUGACUCAGCUUGUACUCCUUAAAGCUAAAUACAGCGACUUACCAACGCUCAUGUUCUUUGUGGUUGCAAACGCGGUUGCUGGUGGAUAUUUGGUUCUUUCUCUACCUGUGAGUAUCUUUCAUAUCAUCAGUACUAAAGCUAAAACCUCAAGAAUCAUCUUGCUCGCCAUCGAUACGGUAAUGUUGGCUUUGGUGAGCUGUGGUGCUUCUGCAGCGACAUCAACCGUGUAUUUAGCUCACGAGGGGAACACAACCGCUAACUGGCCGCCCAUUUGCCAGCAAUUUGAUGGAUUCUGCGAACGCAUCUCAGGAUCUCUCAUCGGUUCUUUCUGCGCAGUGAUCUUGCUCAUGCUUGUUGUUAUCAAUUCCGGUAUCUCUCUAUCGCGCCACUAAGAUAUAUAUAUCUAAUUCAGCAUCACAAUCGUGGAGAGAUGUGUAUCUAAUUAAUCUACAAUAUGGUCUUUUAAGCUUAUAUAUAUAAUGUAGACUUGUAAUGCAAUGUAACGUAAUGUAAUGAUACAGAGAUUUCAUGUGAAGAUAUAACAUUUAGGCAAGAAGCUCCACAACAUCGUCUAUUGAUUUCAAUGUCUUCUCGUAGUAGAGAUACGACUCAUACACCUUUGGCGUCCGUACGUAAAAAUCCAACUAUUUCAUUAAAAACAUUUAACAGAAUUAUCAUAAGACAUUGAUAAGAAUAUGAAAUAGCAUAUCGUCGUCAAAUAUGAAAUUA